CAUGGCAGUAUGUAAUUUUGUAUCAAUAUGGAAGUUUGAAGCCUGUCUAAUUAUAAAAUCGAAGUAUUUCAAAGUUCGAAGGUUUCAAAUUAUAUUUAAUGUAAAUGCUAACUAUUAGUUUUAUAAUUGAAUAAGUGUGAAUCAGCUAUUUGAGUGAUAAUGGGAGUCAAGUAUCUGUGGAGUAUUGUGGAGCCUGCUUGUAAAGAGAAACCAGUGGGAGAACUAUUUGGAAAACGACUGGCCAUUGACACAUCUUGUUGGGUUGUAAGUGACAAUCAAAUUUUACCAAGCCACAUAGCCAAACCUCACUUAAGAAAUCUUUUCUUCCGAACUGCUUCACUUUUAGAAAAUGGCAUUGAUCCAAUUUAUAUAUUAGAAGGGAAAGCCCCAGAACUGAAAGCCCAAGUAAUGCAGAAAAGAAGAGAGGCUAGGUUUGGAUCAAAUCAACCUGCCACAUCUGAAUCAGCAACAAGUAAAUCGACAGGGCGUUCUAGAUACAAAUACAUUCAACAAGAAUGUACAGAACUUCUUACUGCAUUGGGUGUUGUAACUAUAACAAGUAUGGGGGAGGCUGAAGCAGCAUGUGCUGGUCUUAAUCAUCAAGGAGUAGUGGAGGGAUGCAUCACAAUCGAUGGCGAUGCCUUUUUAUAUGGAGCCAAAACCGUGUAUCGUAAUCUUAGCACCGAUAUCCACAAUUUCGUCUGUCAAGAAUACUCGAUGGAUGUCAUAGAAACUCGCUUGAAUUUAUCUCGGGAUAAACUUAUAGCAAUGGCUAUAUUAUUCGGCUGCGAUUAUCUGCCUGAUGGAGUUCCUGGAGUAGGAAAAGAAUCUGCCCUGCGCGUAAUUUCAACGUGGAAAAAUGGCCAAGCAUUAGAAAUUCUGAAAUCUUGGCAUUCAGAAGAAAUGGAUGAAGACAGCAUUCCUUUACGCCCUUCGCACUGCUCACAAUGUAAACAUCCAGGAUCUUUGCGUGCUCAUGCGAAAUCUGGUUGCUUGCUUUGUAAAUCAUCCAGUGGUGGUGGAUGUGAACCGUCGAACAAGGCUUGUCUAUGCCCGUGGCACGAAAAUGAGAUUCGGUACGAGGAAUUGGCUAUGCGUGGAAAAUUAUACCGCCUGAAGGAAUUAGAUCUCGAAAAAAUCUUUGACGAAUUCAAGAAUGAAGUUCAUAUACAGAGAAAUGGUGGUGUUAUCCCACCCUGGCAAAUGCCCUGCAUUCAAAAAUUUCUUAACAUCGCCACAAAGAAGCUCAAAUGGGAACCACAGUAUGCAGCAGAGAAGAUUCUUCCACUUUUGAGUCGUUGGAUCAUCAUACACGGGAAUAGACAACCUCAAAAUCAACUUCCAGUUACACCGCUACGUAUUUUGAAGAAACGCGUCAAGCGUGGAUGUCCUAUGUUUGAAGUAGAAUGGAAAUUCAAUAAAGAGUUGGAACAUUUCCCUAACCUGUUCAACACAUUGGAACCGCAGUUUCUGAUUGAGAAGGAAUUUCAACAUCUAGUGCCACAACCGAUACCAAAACCCAUAAAAAAGACGAAAAGAAAGAACGCCAGUAAAAAAGUUAAAUCCCCUAAUAACAAAGAAAAAUUGGAUGUGGUGGACAUGUUAAAAAAAAUGAAUAUAGAGACUAGAGUGGAAUUGAAGACACCUGCUUUACAAGUUGAUUCCAGCCUACUUGACUUAUCGGGAGGAACGGAUGACUCCGAUAUGUCUGCGAUAAUUAAUAACAUUUGUAGUAGGAAAAAGGGAUCUGAAACAGAUAAUUGCGAAAUACCCGAUUCUACUGAAGAUAGUUGUCAUUAUCGAAACUCGUGUUUCUCUAGCCCAUCAAAUUCGGCAUUGGUGCCUUGCGAUUUGCCAGAUAACGAGUUGGUAAAAAGAUUUGAGCUGCUUACACAUGACGAACGCCCCCUUCCUAAUUUCAGCUUGAACUUUUCCUUUGACAAAUUUCUCGAAACCUCAAGUCAUUAUCUUCACCAAGAACUAGAUAACAAAUCGGAAACUAUGUUUUCUACACCCCUGAAGCAGUCAUUGGAUUCAAAGGAAAAAGCCGAACAAGAUAGUUUCUCCACACCGUCCCCUUUGGCAGAAAGAUUCAAUCGUUUGCAUGUAUAAUAAUUAACAUUCAACAACUUUGAAGCUCAAAUAAACGACUUCUUGAUUA